CUUCGAUCGUCCUCGGUUCGAAACGGUUAGUCCUGUUUGUUCUUCGGAGUGUUCUCGUUGAAGGAUUGUUCCGCGCGCGUGUUCCGGUCUAUCCAAGUCCAUCUGGUGUUUGUGACAGUGUUUCUCGGAAAAUCAUUCCUUCAUCUUUCCGUCAGGUUUGUGUGAAGUGAAAAGAAGGGAAGAAUUCCGGUUAUUGUUGUGCAAUUAUAAUCUGAUUGGUUGUUUCGUGGUUCAGGAAAAGUUCCGUGGAAAUUGUCUCGGUUUGCUGUGUGAGUGCGGAAAGCCGCCAGGUGUAAAGGCUUAAUUAAGUGUAAAUUGGUCAGCUUGCCCUCGAGAGGUAGCAAAUCGAUAGCAAAUAUCCCGGUUUUGGGUCAGAGUUCAACGGCAUAGAUAAACGGAAUAUCACCGGAGAUAACACGCUUCAGCCCUGGCCAGUAUUAGCAGCAACAGCGCCGUAACCAUCAUGUCCAGCAACAUCCAGAUAACGGCAGACGACAAGCCAUCGACGGGCAUUACGACGCCGCCAAAGCCGGUGGCCAGCAUUCCGUCGAGCCCGUCCCAUUUGCAGCUUCCGUCGCCGAUCAUCACCCGGCGCACCAGGACCGCUUCCACAUCUGACCGGGCCAUGCGUAACCCCAUCGAGGAGGGAAAAGUGAGGUCGUUCAGCCGGAGCAAAGGACACGGCUUCAUCGAGCCCGCCAGCGGAGGCGACGACAUUUUCGUGCACAUUUCGGACGUCGAAGGCGAGUACGUGCCCCUGCCCGGCGACGAGGUCAGCUACCGGCUUUGCUUCAUCCCGCCCAAGUUCGAGAAGACGCAAGCGAUCCACGUCCAGAUCACCCAUCUGACGCCCGAGAAGCACUGCAAGUGGGAGGAGAUCGCGUCGAUGGUGCCGCACUGCAAGUCCCCGGACAGCUCCCGGCUGCUGCACCACUAGGGCUAGGAGUCGGCGAUCUGCACUACCUAACCCGAGGGGGAUGGGAGGAGAGCAGGGCUGAGUUUCGUUCCGUUCCGGCCAACGACUUGAAACGACGACGAGUUCGCGCGCACACAAACUUACAAAACACACUUAGUUUGUUCUGAUCUUCUUCAUGUUCUGAUGCUAGAAUUUUUGUGCUUUAGCUUAGGUUGACAGUUUUGUUGUCUCUUUUUCCCCCCUCAUACUUAGAGUGUGCUUGUUCAAACAAUCGGUUUCUGUAGCCCUAUCGCGUAUAUUUAUACGAUACACAUAGUAUUACAACUCAAAAAUAAACAACCUCGAGAAAUAUGCAAAAAUGCAACAUUUGUUUUAAGGUAUGCACCGGAAGUGAGCAAAGCCGCACUGGAGAAGGAAUGUGCGGUGCACGAGAACCCCCCUCUCGCUUAACUGUAUUUAUAAUGUCACGAGAGUCAUGCAACGAGAAAACCAGAUUAAGGUUUGUCCUCCAAAACAAACAGAAACAAAAAAAGC